GAGGGUGUGCGACCUGCGUGAUGAGCUUCUGUCAUUUUUAUCCAGCCUCCAGAGCAAAAAAGCACAAGACUUUCACAGCUUUUUAAGUGACAACAAGGUGAUGGCAGAUGUGAUUUUUUUGUGCGACAUCAUGUCUCAUCUAAAUCACCUUAACCUGCAACUACAAGGCAAGAACCACACUGUUGCUGACAUGUACGAGGCGGUUGAUGCUUUCCGGUCAAAGCUGACCCUGCUGGAGAAAGACAUUCAGGGAAGAAAGUUGCACUUUCCACGUCUACGGGAGCAUUGUGAGAAGAACGAAAUGCAGGAAGAUCCAGCAAUGAGGGAUUUUGUGUUGAGCCUGGCAGAAAACUUCAGGGAACGAUUUGAAAGCUCCCCUAAACUCUCAUGUGACAUCCUCCUCUUCCUGAGACAGCCGUUCUCUGUUUCGGCUGAUGGCGAGUGGACUGCGGAAGCCAAAAGACUGGUGCCUUCUCUAGAUGAGGCAGCUCUUCAGAUGGAGGUCUUGGAGAUGGCAGCAACGGAUUUGCUCAAAGCACAACACAAGGAUGUCGGGGUGAGUGACUUUUGGAUCAACGUGGUUCCCCAACCUCGAUUCCAAAACACCAGAGCUUUUGCAGUGCUCCUACUCACCAUGUUCCCCUCCACAUACAUAUGUGAGUCCUCAUUUUCUUCAAUGAACGCUAUCAAGAGCCAGGACAGAAACAGACUCUCCAAUACACAUCUAGGACAGUGCCUCAGGAUUGCCACAACAGAGUACAAGCCUGACAUCAGAAAGAUUGCCUCGUCCCGCCGCUCUCACUUCUCUCAUUGAUUGGUGAGGAGCUGGUCC